GGCACCACAUAUGAUAGUAUCAUUUUGAGGCGCUCUUGUAGUAAGACCACCAACCAACCAAACCAAGACCCUUUUUUGGCUUCAGCCUCCAUAAACAAACAAAAAGCCAGCCAAUUUUGUAGCAGCAGAAGAAGAUGAUGAUGACGAUGAUGAGCAGCACCAUGAUGGAAGGAGCCGUUUUCAAGCUGCCUUCUUUAUCUCAAAUCCUCCUAAGUAGCAACCCUAACCAUCGAAGAACCUUCAAAUUACGUUUCAGUAAAUCAUCUUUUUCAACAAUCUCAGCAGCUUCUGUUUCAGUUCCCGCCGCACCCGUUUCUCUCGGUCACUCUACCCGACCCGAUUUCGAUAUCCUGCACCAGAAAGUAAACAAUGGAUCAAAACUGGUGUACUUGGAUAAUGCAGCAACCUCACAGAAGCCUUCUGCCGUUAUUGAUGCUGUAAACAACUAUUAUAGAUCAUACAACUCAAAUGUGCACCGUGGAAUUCAUUUCUUAAGUGCAAGGGCAACCGAUGAGUAUGAAAUGGCCAGGAGAAAGGUUGCAGCUUUUGUAAACGCGUCAGAGUCUAGUGAGAUUGUGUUCACAAGAAAUGCUACUGAAGCUAUCAACCUUGUCGCUUACUCAUGGGGCAUGUCUAAUCUAAAACCUAACGAUGAGAUAGUUGUGACAAUUGCUGAACAUCAUAGUGCCAUUGUUCCAUGGCAACUUCUUUUGGAGAAGACUGGUGCAGUUUUGAAGUUUGUCACCUUAACAGAAGAUGAAGUCCCGGAUAUCAAGAUUCUACAAGAUUUGCUUUCGAAGAAGACAAAAUUAGUAGUUGUUCAUCAUGUCUCAAACGUGCUUGCUUCUGUUCUCCCUAUCAAGGAGAUUGCCCAAUGGGCACAUAACGUUGGCGCAAAAAUAUUGGUAGAUGCUUGUCAAAGUGUACCACAUAUGGUCGUUGAUGUCCAGGAUCUUGAUGUUGAUUUUCUCGUUGCUUCUUCUCACAAGAUGUGUGGGCCUACAGGCGUUGGUUUCUUGUAUGGAAAAAGUGAGCUCUUGGCAGCUAUGCCUCCUUUCUUAGGUGGUGGCGAAAUGAUUUCUGAUGUUUUCUUGGAUCAUUCUACUUAUGCUGAUCCUCCUUCCAGAUUUGAGGCUGGAACUCCUGCAAUCGGUGAAGCCAUUGGUUUAGGAGCAGCAAUUGAUUAUCUCUCUGAAAUUGGCAUGCAAAAGAUUCACGAUUACGAGGUGGAACUGGCUAAUUAUCUUUAUGACAACCUUCGUACGGUUCCUGGUGUUCGUAUCUAUGGACCAGCUCCUUCAGAGACUGUUCAUCGUGCUGCUCUAUGUUCCUUUAAUGUUGAGGACCUUCAUCCAACAGAUUUAGCAACCUUUCUUGAUCAACAGCAUGGAGUAGCCAUUAGAUCGGGACACCAUUGUGCUCAGCCACUUCAUCGGUACUUGGGGAUAAACGCUAGUGCUCGAGCCAGCCUUUAUUUCUACAAUACAAAAGAAGAUGUUGAUGACUUUAUUCAGGCACUCACAGACACCAUUGCUUUCUUCGGCUCUUUCAAGUAGAUCUUAUUUAUCUGCAAUAUGUCAUGCGGUUCUAUGCUCAUCUUUGAGUUCCCCUUUUGGGGUUCACAGUCGGAAAGUUUAAAUAUGAAAUGUCCUGGUAAGGCGUUGGUGUAUAAUACUAAAUUUAACUUUUGGUCAACUUUUAGAUUAUUAAUGUUUUUUGGGUAGCAAAUAUAUCUGUAAUUGCGUCAUAUUAACCGAGGAUUUUAUUGAAAAACCAAGAGCAAAAGAACAAAUAAGUAUCUAUUUGCCAA